AGAAACAUUUCGUGCUUGAUCGAGGCAAGCUUUUGGUUUUUUGUCCGGGGCUAAAAAGCAGGGGAAGAGAGGAAGGAGAGAAAGAGAGAAGCAUUAAAGAAAUCGCGAGGAGGAGAGAGUAGCGUCGCGUCGGGUUGGGAGGUCACAGGCAGGCCAGCCUUGGGUCCCUCCAAAAAACACGAAGAACGACGGGACGACGGGCGAUCCGCCCACCCAACCCAACCAUUCCUCCUCUCUCAUGUUAUCAUCUACAGUCGCUAGAGGUGCGCUAGAGCGCGAGCGAGAGAGAGAGAGAGAUCUUCACUCCUACGUUUGAUCUAGCGCUCUCUCUCUCUCUCUCUUGCCAAUUCUAGCGCUUCCUCCCGGGUCGCGGGAUCGCUGUCACAGUGGCCGAUCAUCCAUCCAUCCAUCGAUCGAUUGCAGGCGGUAAAAAGAGAGAGAGUGGUGCUGGGCCCGAUCGGCGAUGACGACGACUGUUGAUUGAAGUGAUGGAAAUGGAAGCGCUGCGACGAGGAGAGGCUAUGGGCCCGGAUCGUCGCGUCGUCGCCUUUGUCUCUCUUUUGUGAGAACGAGAGCCAAACAAAGCCACGACCCUGAGAUAUUCACACUGCCAGUGAAGAGCUCUCUCUCUCUCUCUCUCACUCUCUCUCCUCUCACUCUCUUUCUCUCUCUUCCUCACUCUCUUCUUCCGGGAAGAACAGCAGCACGGAGGAGUUCUAGCCUCUAUAGGAGGGAACUUUAGGCGGUUUGAUUGCUUACAUCAAGGAAGCUUUUGCUGGAUCCAUCCACCGCUCGGGCAGCCAAGUGCCAUAGGGGGGAGAGUUGGAUUUUCCAUCGAUUUAGCAUUCAUUCAAGGUGGUCCUUGACGAGAAUCUAAGGUUGAUGGAGGUUUGCCAUGGUUGGAUUUCUCCCAAACCACAAUAGCGGGGGUUUAACAGUGACAGGUCGCUCGCUCUUGUCUCCUCUCCUCUCCUUGUUGGGCGAAUUCCUUCCUCUUUCGCGCUUCUUCCAAGAACACUGGGCCGGAUAGAUCGAUUGGAGUGAUGGGCACUUGAGGGGAAUUGCGCUACACCAAGGGGCUCUGAUGGGCAGCGGCUGGGUGGGCUGCAAAUGUCGCUGCUGCCGCCGCCGCUCUCUCGGAUCUAGCUCGCCAAUCCGCCCGGAAACCAGGCAGCAUGAGGCGUGGCGGCGGUGAGAGGCGGCGAGGUUGCGCAGGAGGAGCAGCAUUGCUACAGCCGGGAGGAUCCGUCAAGGCCGCGCGGGAGCGGAGGAAUUGGCGGGGCAAUGCUCGGGGAUUUGCCCUCUGCUGGCAUCUGCUGAGGCGAGGCGAGCGAGCGGGGCGCGGGCGUGGCGGGGCGGCGAAUUCCAGAGGCGGCGGAGGAACAGUGGAGGAUUUGCUCCGAUUCGUGCCUGGAUGCCUGAGCGUCACCAUCGUCAUCGUCUCUGUAGUUCAUGCGGUACAGAGUUGGAUCGCGUUCGUAGUUGUAGAGAAAGAGGACGAACAGGAAGAGGAGGAACAGGAGGAGAGUGGUGGUGGUGGUGGUCGAGCUAGUCGCAAGAAUUUAGGGGCUCCUCGGCAGCGUAUGGAUCCUGCCAGCCAUGGCAAAUCCGACUCCCAAAGCUCGGAGAGUGGAUUGUCCUCCCAGCAGCAGCAGCAGCAGCAACAGCAGCAACAGCAGCAGCAGCAGCAAUUCUACCAGCAGCAGCAACAUCAACAGCAACGCUAUAGAUUGCAAGCUCAAGCCGCCGCCGCUGCUGCCGCCGCCGCCGCUGCGCAAGGCGGAGCUAUCGCCCAGGCAAUGGCGGCAAUGGGAGGCUCCCAGCACGAAUCUCCAAUGGGGCCAUCGGCGGAGCAGCCGGGAGGAGGAGGAGGAGCAGGAGCCGCGGCGUCGGCUAUAGCGGUUGGGAAGGCCGCCGGGGGUGGCGGCGGCGGGGGAGAAGCUCAAGAACAGGCGGCGGCGCCGCCGGCAGCGCCGCCCAAGAAGCCGCCAUCCAAGCGCGCUAGCACCAAGGACCGGCACACCAAGGUGGAGGGGCGGGGGCGGAGGAUCCGGAUGCCGGCGGUGUGCGCGGCGCGAAUAUUCCAGCUCACGCGCGAGCUGGGCCACAAGUCCGACGGCGAGACGAUCGAGUGGCUCCUCCAGCAGGCGGAGCCGGCCAUCAUCGCCGCCACGGGCACGGGCACCAUCCCCGCCAUCGCCGCCACGCUCCAGGGCUCGCUCCGGAGCUCCGGCUCCGGGAGAUCCGCCAGCCUCCACACCUCCAUCGGCCUGGCGGCGCUAGGGCAGCAGCAGCGGGAGGCGGCGGAGCUCGCGGCGGCGGCGGGGCACCAGCACCGGCUAGAGCAGCUCCGCCAGCAAAGCGCCGCCGCUGCCGCCGCCGCUAGGGCCGCCGCGGCGCAGGGGUGGGCGACCGAGAGUAGCGAGGAGACAAGGCUGCGAUCCGGGCUGUUAGGGCAGCCGGGGGAGGAGCUGGUCGUGGGCUUCCAGCACGAGGGGCUACUGGGCAGCGCUGGGGACGUGGACGAGGGCGGUAGCGGCGGUGGUGGCGGCGGCGAUGGCGGCGGCGGUAGCGGCAGCCCCGAGAGCAGCGGCCACUACCGCAAGCGUCCCCGGGGAUUGCUGAGCAGCCUGAGGGAUCCCCCGGAUCCCCAGGGAAUCACGCUCGGCCGGAGCCCCAGCGCCGCCGCGCGAUCCACCCAGCAGCACCAGCACCAGACAAUGCAGCAGGGAUUGAUGGUGCCCAGCGCGUUUUGGAUGCUGCCCACUGGCGGCGGCGGCGGCGGCGGCGGCGUGGCGGAGCAGGCAAUCUGGACGUUUAAUACCGCCGGCGGUGGGGCCGGCGGCGGUGGCGCGUCGCAGCUGUACCGCACGGCACAGCAAGUGACACAAGGCAGCCCGAUGAUGCCGCUAACGGGGUCCGUGCUGCCCGGCGGCGUGACGAUCAUGCCGCCGCGGAUACUGCCGGGCCUCGACUUACAGCCGGGCGGUACCGGCGGCGGCGGCGGCGGCCACCACUUGGGACAACUCACGUCGAUGCUCCUUGGCCAGCAGCCGCCGGAGAGCAGCCAUCUGGGGAUGCUGGCGGCGUUCCAGGGCGGCCCCUACGGUACGCGAGGCGGGCAUCACGAUCCGCAAGAACAGCAGCAGCAAAUGCAGCAGCACCAACAGCAGCAGCAGCAGCAAUCGCAGCAGCAGCAGCAGCAGCAGCAACAGCCAGAUAGUAGCCGAGAUGACUCUCGAUCGUCUAGGUAGUAGCAGGCCACACACGAGGGAUUCUUUCGUUCUUCUUUCUUCCGGGAGUUUUGCGAGAGUUCUGUCCUAUACGCCAUUGGGUGAGAUCCCCGUCCAAAUUCCAGCGCCAAGCCAAGGAAAAGAGUGGUUUUUCCUGAUGGAUUGAGUGGGAGCAGUGGCAUAGCAUCGAUUGGAUCGAGAGCCGAGAGCAGGUGGUGACAAUUUCUAGAUCUGGAGGGGGGAGACAAUGCUGCUUCGCUGCCAAAGUUCUCUCACCCGCAAAAAGGCUCUUCGGUGGUUGGAGCAGCGUUUUCGAGCGAUUCUUCCUUCCCACCGAUCGAUAACCAGGUUGGAUCACCGAUCGUCAUCAUCGGCCAGCAAGCAGUAGCAAGGGAAGACAAAGCGAUUUUGGUUUCGUGGCAACCAACCGCUGUGGCGUCUACAUCAGAGGUGCGAGCCCGAAACAAAAGUUAGAUCUGCUGCUGCUACUGCUGCUGCUGCCACUGCCACUGCUGCUACUGCCACUGCAUUCAUCAUCACUCCUUCCUCCCCUUUCGUUUUCCAUCCAUCACUCCCUCACACCAUACUUUUUCCUUUUCUUUCUCUCUUCUCCUUUCCACCACUUUGUUUAUCUAUCUUCUUCCUGGCUUUCUCUUCUCAUGAUCAAUCUUCUCUCUCGUUUAGUGUUGGAUUGGAAGGAGAGAUUUGCUGCUGCUUCCACUACACUCUUCUCUCAUCAACACCAUGAUCGAGCAUCAUCGGGCAUUAUCAUCUCUUUUCAUCUCUUGGCAGAAAAAAUACGUUUUUUUUUCCCUUCUCUAUAGUCACCGACACCCAUCAAAAGUUGCAAAUAUUCGUUCAUUUUGGCCCCCUUUGUUGACACUCUUGCUGCUGUGCACCACCAUCCGCGGUCUCGAUUCGUAUACAUGCCGCGUUGUGCGAUCAUGGAGGAGAGAUUCUCUCUUCUCCGCUUUGUCGCGGGUGGUGGAGCGUAGAACGUAGUAGUGACAAUCGGGUUUGUUGUAAUAAGAGUUUCCAGCCAGCCGCGCCUGGAUUGAAUCAAAAGAGCAUUCGGUGUU